GUCGACUCAGCCAAUGUAACAACUUUUUCCUUUGUUGAAAUGUCAACUGUUCCCACUACGUUCAUUUUGAACAAGGCAGAUGGUGCUAUCGGCCUAGGAACAAAGUACGGCGAUUCCGAACCUUUUUUCUACGCUUUGUACAGACAGAAAAAAGUGCGAGAUCCCAUUUUCUCCAUUUAUUUGAACAGCAGUGCCCAGGGGGAAAAUGCAGGAAGUCUUAUGCUUGGAUUCGUUGACGAAAAGCUCAUUCAUAGAAGUCAAUACCCAAACAAAAGUAUAUUGCCUGAUGAAAUAAAAUAUUUAAGUGUCGACGAGGGCAUACUUUGGAAAUUCUCAGUGGACAGAAUUGUUGUCACUCCUAAUGCAACGACGCCUACGAUAAACAUUACCUUGUGUAAUAAGGGAUGCAAAGCGAUAUCGGACACUAGUUCAAACGAAAUUUUUGGACCUGUGGAUGAGGUGAACAAAAUUCUUGCAUUAAUUAACGCAAAGGCAUUUUUUGGGAAAUGGACGGUGAAUUGCGACACAAUUGAUAAAUUACCAAGAAUUGAUUUCAUUUUGGGAGGACAAAGGUUCAGUUUGGAGGGAUCGCAAUAUAUAAAAAAGAUAUCGAUAUUUCACAUCAAACUAUGCGUUUCGGCCUUCACUGCUACGCAGUAUUCUUCAGACAAGGAAUUGUGGAUUUUAGGUGGAGCGUUUUUGUCCCAAUAUUACAGCAUUUAUAACAUACAGAAUAAAACGAUUGGAUUGGUCAAAGCUGUCUGAUGUGACAUAUGCAGAUUGGUGAACAUUACAUCUACUAUUUUAUAUUUUCAUACUUUAGGGUAAGCUGUGAAAUUGUAUUCUGAAAAGUACUUUGUAGUAAAUAUUGAACUGAUUAUAUA